AUGUGCUGGAAAUCAAGGCGCUCACUUCAACGUGAUGACCACCUCCAGGCAACUCACUCUCCGGAUCCUACUCAGCCCAUCAUCUUCCCCUUCCUCGACAAUUACAUCAUCCACAGUCCCCACCGUCUUGGUCCUCAACCGCACGUCGCAAUCCCCCUGCUGCUCGAACCAACUCGCCAAGCUGAGCGUCUUCUCAAUGGCCUUUCCCGUGCCCAGGACGGUGACCAACAGUGGCGAGGCAUUCCCAUAGGCAGUGUUGGUGCUACGCUGUAG